CACCACCACCACCACCACCACCACCACCAACAGUUUCUACCAUCAGGUUCUCUGUGACAUUGAACCAAAACUAUGAUUUUCGCUUAGAUAAUAAAGCAUCUGUGUUAUACAACACAUAUAGAAGUGAUAUUAUAUCUGCAGUAGACAUGAACUUUAGAAGAUUACCAGGAUACGAAGCUGAUUCAGCAGAUGUCACACGUUUCAGUCCAGGCAGUGUGAUUGUAGACCUGUCCCUUAAGUUGACAGAUCCAACCGUCAGUUUUCUGAGUGUAAGCAAUGGCAUAAUAGCGGAACUUAAGGCAAAAAAUUACAAAAUUGCUGAUGACGCCUUUGUUGUAAGUGAGAGAACAAAUUUGAAGGUGGGCAGUGGCCGCCUUUUUCCUCAGCAAAACAUGGAGUUACAAUGCAAUGGAAGUGUAACUGAAUGGAGAUUUAAGGGGCAGACAAUUCCUGACUCGUCAGGCAAAAAUCAACUUAUCAAAAUAGUCUCCCCCUCUGACAAUGGUCGAUAUGAGUGUGUAUCAAGCAAAAACUCUCUGCCGUUUAUUCGGUGGGAAAACAUUGAUGCAAUACAACAAUUACCUAUAAUUGAGACAAGUCGAAAUAAAAGAAUUGUGUGUCAAAAUGAAAAACAGGUGACCCUGCUGUGUUGCUCAAACUCGGGUUAUACCGUUAAGAUGGUGAAGAUGGAUGACAAUGGUUAUCUCAAGGAGCAAGGGAAAUCAGAUUGCAGGUAUUUAUACAGUAUACAAAACUGUACAAAUGGUCCAGGAAAAGCUCAACUCAUCUGCAAAGUUGACAACCCAGCCUUGGAUAGCUUUAGUUACAGUUCAAAAACCUUUACCUUAACUUUUCAAGCUGAAGGGUUUGAUUGUGAGGAUGAACAGUUCGGAGGUGGAGACAAUGGUCAACCAGGAGAAGGGAACUGUAAUGUAGAUGAAGUUGGUAAAGUUACAGCUGUAUGCAAUGGGACUACAGGUGAAUGGGAGAACCCAGAAAGGAACUGUGUUUUGGUUGUGAUCAAAGAGCUGGAAAAAGAAUCUCUGACUCUGACAGCAACAACGCUACCUGGUUUUGUGGAACGAUUAAGUAACAUCACAUUUCAAAAUGAAGAUCGGAUAGCCAACUCCACAUCAAAUAUUGAAAGCAUUGUAACAAUCCUGAAUAAUGUUGCAAACAUUACACAGGAAUUAACAAUCAAUGAGGAUGUCAUAGGGAAUUUCAUCAACGUCUCAAGCGUCAUUGUGUCCAAUUCCACCUUUAAUACCUGGGGUGAAUUAAAUGAUGUCAACAAAACAGCAAGGAAUGUCAGUGCAUCUUUCCUGGGCUCUAUUGAAGUGAUUGUGAGAUCCCUGCAAGGGGACACAUCUUUUGAAACAGGAACAGACAUUAUCCAGCUACGUCAAACUUUUGUCAACAGCUCAUACAAUGAGACACUAGGCGCAGAUUCAUCUGCUGCAGUCUUCAUCCCAGAGGAGGGGAACUUUGCAAUUACAACCAUCACAUUCUCUACCCUAAAUAAUGUCCUACCAGCCAGGAAUAGUAGUGACAAUGAUAGCAGUUUAUCCAACUCCAUCAAUGCAGCUGUGGUUUUAUUCCAAGUAAAUGACACCAUCACCAAUAUCUCGCUAAGCUUUGACCUCAUAAAUGAAACACUAGAAAAUCCUCAGUGUGUCUUUUGGAACUUUGAGCUUUUUGAUGGAUUUGGUGGAUGGGAUUCAUUUGGAUGUGAGCUCAUAUCGUUCGAGAAUAACACCGUCACUUGUGAAUGCAACCACACAACUUCCUUCUCAAUUCUAAUGUCACCAUCCAUUCCCCCUGGCAUAAGAUUGUUGCUGGAUUUCAUCACAUACAUUGGUGUGGGUAUAUCCCUUGCCAGCUUGAUCAUAUGUCUUAUCAUUGAAGGAUUCAUAUGGAAGAGCAUGACCAGAAAUGACACGUCUUACAUGCGGCAUGUCUGUGUGGUGAAUGUUGCUGUGUCACUUCUGAUUGCUGAUAUCUGGUUCAUUAUAGGAGCAGCUAUAUCAGACUAUCAAUCAGUAGCUGUCGGACCAUGUACAGCAGCAACCUUUUUCAUCCAUUUAUUUUACCUAGCGAUGUUCUUCUGGAUGUUGGUGUCUGCUCUACUCCUGUUUUAUCGCACUGUCAUGGUUCUCUCACAGAUGAAGAGGUCAACAAUGCUGGCAAUUGCAUUCAGCCUUGGCUAUGGUGCCCCCCUCAUAAUCGCCGUGGUAACUGUUGCUGCAACUGCCGGAGGUGGAGGUUAUAUUCGAGAGGAAAAUGUCUGCUGGCUCAACUGGAAUAAGACUAAAGCACUUCUGGCUUUUGUGAUUCCAGCAUUGACCAUUGUGGCCAUAAACCUUCUAGUGAUGAUUGUUGUUCUCUUCAAAAUGUUGAAAAGGGGUGUUGGAGACACAACGCAGAAUAACGACAAACAUGCCCUAGUGGUCAUAGCGAGAUGUGUCGCCAUCUUAACCCCCCUCUUCGGCCUUACCUGGGGUUUUGGCAUAGGCAUCAUGGCUGCGCCUGAAGCUGUAGGACUCCAUGUUGUUUUUGCCGUUUUAAAUUCAUUACAGGGUCUUUUCAUUUUGGUCUUUGGAACACUACUGGAUAGCAAGAUAAAAGAGGCCUUAGUAAGAAGACUAAGAAACCAAAGCUCUGGCUCGGGUGGCACAAGGAGUACAAGUGCUGGGACGUCAUCGAACGUACUCGAUUUCUUCAGAGGGAUUCGAAGAAGAAAUGUGUACAAUGUCUCAGGAGGACCUGUUGUCAACUCAGGAUCUGGGACUUCAAGCAGUUACAGCGCUGUCAACUCCUCUGGGAACACUUAAUAUGAAAACCUUAAAACCAUGGUGUGAACUAUGGGGGAGCCAGGGGGAACUCCGCUCCCUCUUGAUGAGACAAUGGAAAGACAUGGAAAAUUUUGGUUGUCUCUAAAAGUGUUAUUGAUGUGCUGUUUGCCAUGUGUUUCUAGUUUCCUGUAUUGUCAUUAUCAUCAUCAGGGUCAGGCGUAAAAUCAGGGUAUUUUAAAGUACAAUUCAUGCAUUUGGACGAUUAGUUGACUUAAAGAUAGGCUAUCCUUAGGAGACGAAACAAGGAGCGAUAAGAAUAGAAAAAAAGAGAAAAAAAAAAAGUAUUUUGAGAUCUUAAACUGGACUUAUUUCCCCACUGCGAAAAAGGGUCCCUUAUGAAAACACAGGUGAGAUCUCAUUUGAAAUGUUGCUUUUCUAUGGCCAUUACCAUAAGACAUGACAAAUAGAAAACAAGGAAACUUACUGACAAAAUUUGGUUUUCCAAAAUAUCUAAGCAGUGUAAACAAUUUAAGAGCAACAACACAGUUUUAACUAAAGCUGUUUUUUUAUUUUAACUUCUGGAAACUUGAAUCUUGAGAAGCACAAUAUCUUGUGUAGUAUACUUGUGUUUCCAUUCAGGUAAUGGAUGCAUUAUUGCCAUUGUUAUUGCCAUUCCCUAUAGACCUUUUUCACACUUCCGCAUUUUCACUUCAAUGCAGUGUAGCAGAACUUCCGGUUACCAUAGCGGCAGAUGAUGGAUGUGGGCUGGCAGUUUUCAUAACAUUCAGCAGUUUUGUAUAACAUUUUUGUAUAUACAAAAAUCUAGUUUAUCAUUAAAAUGACAUGGUUGCUGUCAAAAUUUGCCGCUGUUAGUUUGAACACAUUUUCGAAAUAUCUUUUUUUUGGAUGAAUGGGAGUCAAUGGUAGUUGCAAAUCUCAGACUAGCGGUGAGCAAGGAAUAUUUUGGUGGAUUGUGUUACAUCGGUACUUUGGUAGGGUAACCAGGCUCACAGUAAAAAUCUAGCUGCCAUAUCUCCAUCAACAAAGCAUACAACGGAACUGGAUUUACUCAUCCUUGACAUAUUUCCGUUUUUUGCGCAAAAGGUCUAUUGGGGUUGCAUGUAUUGGGGCAUUUGCCUAACUACCUCUAUUAGUAGGGUGCAGCAUGUACAUUCUCAUCAUCCCCUCCAUGUGACAUCAGGUGUUCUACAGCAGUGGUUCUUAACUGGUCUGGCUUUGGGACCCACAAUUUCCCAUGUGUAUUAAGUUGUGACCCAUAUAUGUUUUGCCUUUAAAGCCAACAGAUACAGUGAGUGACAUGGUAACACACGCAAAGUGCCUUUACACGCAAAGUGCAUUACAGUGGGCGUCGCUUUCAAAUGGCCACUUCAGUCGCACAUUACGCGGCGUGAAGCUGCGUGAAACUUUAGCACCACUUUCA